UCACGGGAUGUUGGAGCGCAAAGGGAAGCGAGUGUCUGGAUCAAACACCCUUGCACCGCGGGAUACACUGCCUGUAUAUAUAUAUUUGUGUUUGAUUUCCUACCGUGUCUCAGUAUAAAGGAUGUGAAAUCUCUACGGUCAGAAUACGGCUAUGAAACUUUCUGACAGUCAACGGAAAGUGAGCAACAUCAUGGCGGGAUUCCACUUGCUGUUCACGGUGGUCCUGGGCCACGUGCUGGGCUCUCUACCUGCCACCAGCCCUCCACACCUGCCCUCUCCGUGCCUGGUGGACGACAUGGAAGUGUUCUGCGACGGCCGGAACUUAAGAAGUGCACCCGCUGACCUCCCGCUGGGGAUCCAGAAGCUGGAUCUAUCCCGUAACAUUUUUCAAAACCUCACCCGGGAAACGUUGGCGAUUCAACCCACCAUCCAUCAUCUGAAUCUUCGCUCCAACAAGAUACUGUUCAUCGAAAGAGGUUUAUUCAAGGGAAUGAAGCAUCUCAAAUUCCUAGAUCUGUCCAAGAACUCCCUAGAUGUCUUCGCCAUGUCGAAAUCAAGCAUCGGAAAACUAGGAGCUGUGGAGUCGCUCGAUCUUUCAGGCAAUGGGCUUCACACAGGGAUGACCAAGUACUUCCUCAGAGAUUCGUCGUCACUGGUUAACCUCUCGCUAAAUAGCAACAGUCUCACCAAAAUAGCCAAAGACACCUUUACUGGCUCUCCGUCUUUGAGGAAAGUCAGCCUGCACAACAAUGUCAUCCUCGAGAUUGAAGAUGGUGCAUUCAAUGUGUUGUUCCGUCUGACAGAACUUGAUCUGUCCAAAAACUCCAUCACUUGCAUCACAGACUUUGAUCUUUCUCAGUUACAAAUACUCAAUCUCAGUAAAAACAGCUUAGAGGCUUUCCAGACCGUAUACUCAGAUUCAGACUAUGAGCUUGUCUCCCUUGACCUGAGCCAAAACAAAAUCCAUUAUUUCCCUCUGGUUCCCAGGAGGAACAAGCUUGCAUACUUGGACGUUUCACGGAACAAGCUCCAGGGUGUCAAUACUACGGGAACAGCAGAGGAAAUAGGAAAUUUCAGGGAGCAGUCCUUGGCUCACAAUGAAUCUGGCCAAUACCUCAUGCAUCAGGACUUCCCAAGUCUGAACUACCUUGAUCUCAGCUACAACCAAAUGAAAACCAUACCGCAGUCCUUUUUCAACAGUAUGGUACAGCUGGAGCACCUUAACAUAAGCAAUAACUGUAUUGGGUCAUUUCUUGUAGAGGAAGAAAACGGUCUGAAUAAUUUGAAGGUUUUAGAUCUUAGCUAUAAUUCCUUGCGGGACAUGUCGUUUGGAAAAAACACUCUGUUGGCACUGGAAGAGCUCUUCUUACAAGGAAACCUUCUCACCACCAUAGAGCCCCACACUUUUCAAGGACGACCUAGACUCAAAUACCUGCUACUGCAGCAGAAUAACCUACACAUUUGCCCAUCGAAUGCAGAAUCAUCCUUCAGCAACAAUCACAAACAUCAUCAAGGCUGUGUUGCAUUUUCCUCAAUUCCGACCUUGCAGCAUCUGUAUCUCUCAGAAAACCACCUGAAAGUACUGCCCAACAACGCCUUUGAGGACACGCCCCUGACGCUGCUCGACCUGUCACUAAACCCAGGCUUGGUAGUCGGCCUGAACGCCUUUUCUGGCCUAGAGGACUCCCUGGUGCACCUGUUGCUCCGGGAGAACCACAUCUCCAGGCUAGACGUGGACCUGUCCUCCUUGAACCAUCUCAAACUGGUGGACCUGUCGACCAACCGGCUGUCCACGCUGCCCUCGUGGAACAAGGAGUCGUCCAUCGAGUCCCUCAACCUGGGCAACAACCACCUGGUCACGCUGGAGUACAACGCCCUGGUGGCUCUGGGGAGCUCGCUCAAGACCCUGUACAUGGGCUCCAACCCGCUCAGCUGCUGCAGCAACCUCCGCUUCUUCCAGCUGAUGCAGCACUCCACCGUGGAUGUGCCAGACAUCGCGACCGUCACCUGCGUGCAUAAGCAGGACUCAGAGCCCAUCAACAUAUUGCGAGUGACGGAGGAGAUGUGCCACUCGCUGGACAACAGCAGCAGGAGCCUGACCAUCCUGGCGAUUCUAGGCGCUGCGCUGGCAUUGGUGGUUGCUCUGGGGUUCCUGGCCAAGGUGUGUUACAACAGGAGGCAUACAAACAGCAGCACCUUCAACGCUUAACAUGGGAUGGUGGAGAUGGAAAGUGGACACACAUCAUUCACAGCAUUUUACAAGGACAUUUCUUUUUCAAAAACAGACCAACAGAACACUAAUAAAUAUGCUAGGAUAUAUUUUUUUAUGAAUGAACUGAACAUAUGAAGAAAUGGACUGUGAAGAACAUUUGUUUGGGAGACAAGGUCCAUGCAGAAGCACCUUGUUUGAAUAUCGUUGCUCUUAUUGUCAUUGUGGCUUUUCUUUGUUAUUGACUUUGCACUUUAAUUCCCUAUCUGCAUUUGCAUUUCUUUUGUCUCUUAUUCUGUGAUGUUGCCCGUAUAUGAAAACACUACACAACCAUGUAUGCUGCCUGGGCAACUCCGCACAGAAAGGGAAAUGCCUAAAGACUGAUUUUAUUGUUAUUAUUUAUAUUGCAAAAUAAAUGGCAGUAAAUGUGCGUUAACAUGACGACUCUUCAGCAUAAUGUUUAUUUUAUAUGGAACAUUUUGUUUAAAACAAGAAGGAGUAUAGAGCCAUAUUGAAAGCAGCGUAUGUUAUUUUGGUUGCCAAGCAAAUGUUUGAGUGGUUGGGUUGAGGAUUGGGGGGGGGGGGAUUACUGCCUUAAUAGCUGUGCUGUAAACAAUCACGUGAAAUAUGAAGUUAUGUUUCCAUGAAUGUGCCUGGUAAGACACUGCAUAACAGCUUUGACAAAAGGGUAAUAUUUCAUAAAGUAUGAAGCCUAUGUUGUUGUCAGUUUUAACUCACUGAGAUAUCUUUCCGUAAAAUGAAGUACAUUGAUAGAGCACUUUCAGCAUGGAGGGACUAGCUGAGAGUUUUAUAGAAAUGCAAUAUUUUGCAAAUGAAUGACGAUGAAGACAAUAAAGGUUACAUUUUAAAACACGCAUUACAAAGAUGGGUCCUGAAUUAUUUCAUUGAGAAACACUUAAAUACAGAGAUAUAAACCCAAGUAGUAAGUUAGCUUCUAGCAUACUCAUUACUUGCUGUAUGCUUAUUUGCUACUGAAGGCUUAAGCGAAUACAUUAUUUUCUGUGUGUUUACGCUUGUUUCAUAACUACCACAGAUACGUCCAUCACAUCUGUGGUGAUCCUUCUAGUAUUUAGAGGGUGUAAGGAUGUAUAUUAUGUAAUUAUACUAUACACGUACUAUAGAAAAAGUGACUAUUGUAGGUUACUUUAUGCUUUUAGUUUUUCUUUAUGUUCGGGGAAUAUUUCAUGAGAACUUUAUGUGAAUCAUGAUAAGAUUAUCAUCAAGGGUAUAAAUAUUAUUACAUUAUUUUCACAGAGCGAUGUGAACCUUUUUUUCCUCUGUGACUCAAGUCUUCCAUUCCAGCCCCCCCACCCCAAACUCGUGAGAGACACACACGCACGUAGGGUAAUUCGCCAUCUAGGGUGGGACAGGAAACAAGCGGGGGGAGUCGAUUUUGACAUCAUCCGGUAGAACAGCU